GUGUGUGUUGCGGAGCUGUGACCCUCUCACUGCAUCUGUGUUUUGUUAAUUCCACACCUCUGAACAGUAUGGCGGAUAAGGCCGUAACUAUCCGAACCCGAAAGUUCAUGACCAACAGGCUUCUUUCCAGAAAGCAAUUCAUUGUUGAUGUUCUUCAUCCAGGGAGAGCAAAUGUUUCCAAGUCUGAGCUUAAGGAGAAGUUGGGAAGAAUGUACGAAGUGAAAGACCCUAACACUGUAUUUGUCUUCAAAUUCCGAACACAUUUUGGAGGUGGUAAAUCCACUGGUUUUGGAUUGAUUUAUGAUUCAGUGGACAAUGCAAAGAAGUAUGAGCCCAAGUACAGACUUAUCAGGAACGGUCUUGACACUAAAGUAGAAAAGUCAAGGAAACAAAUGAAGGAGAGAAAGAAUAGGGCUAAGAAGAUUCGUGGAGUGAAGAAGACCAAGGCUUCUGAUGCUGCUAAGGCUGGGAAAAAGAAAUAAGUUUUGAUACGUUGUAUUUCAAUUUUAAGGUUAUUUUGGUUUCCGUCUUUUGUAAUAGCUAUUUAAUCUUAGGCUAGGCUUACAGAAUGAGAUAUUUCAGUGCAAGUGUUGAUCCUUUUUUUAAUUUAUGUUCGGUUAUAACUGGAGACUUUGAGCACUAGCGAUGAACAAUUUUGAGAACUCAUGUUUAUCUUUUGCUUUCAAAUAUAGUAGAUUCGAGCUAGAGAGUUACUAUGCUGCGUGAA